AUGUGCUCUGAGUGCGGAGAUGUACACGAACCCCUCUGCAGCUACUGUGGAGAGAGUUGCUAUGGCGAAUGCAAUGACCCGGACGUCUGCCCAAGUUGCUGGAUCCCCGCCAAUGAUCCGGACGAUUUUGACGAGGCUGAAUUCAUCGGUGAGGCUUUUAGUGGUUGUAUAGAUGAGAGAUGCAUCUGCCAGUGUCACGAGACCUUCUUCGAAGAUGAAGGAUGGUGGGUUGAAGCGGGUGUACUCAAGAUGGAAGACGUGGAUGGCCUGCCAUACGUGCGCACAGGAGUGUUCCCGUUCCUCAAGCUACCGGGAGAGAUCCGAGACAAGAUCUAUUGCUCUGCCUUCUUGCAAGAUGGCAACCAACGCAAGUGUGCUAGUCAUCGUGGCAACAUCCAUACUGCACUGCUCGGCACCUGCCGCCAGGUCUACAAUGAAGCACGUCACCUGCCAUUGACAACUAAUAAGCUCUGCUUCAACUCUCCAAUCUACGCCCAUGACUUUCUGGGCUUUCUACUUGCUCCAACUCAGCACGAUCUGGUGACAGGGAUGCACAUCGAGUUCUACAUCGGCGAAUUCUCCAAUUCAAGCUGGGCGCUUCUAUUGAGAGAAUUGACGAAGAUGCCUAUAACCCAUAUCGGUCUGACUGUGAAAGGCAAGUUUCCUAAGGAGGUAGUGUCUGAGCAUGUCUGCUUUACCAAUCGUUUCAAGGUGCUCAAGGGUCUCAAGACUUUCGACCUCAUCCUUACCCCCAGCAGCAUCUCGAAAGGUGACAAGAAGGACAUCCAAGAAACCAUGAGGGAGAACUUAAUCAAGGACUACGUUCGUCCCAAGGAGCUCACAAAGUCCAAAGCUAAGCGGAUGGUAAGUACCGAGAGCAAUGAAGGCUCAAAGAAGCCGGCCAAGAAAGUCAAGAAAGGCAACAGUAUGUACCAGACAAAGAUUUUUGCUUCACCCAGGUCCAGUCGCCUCGGCCUCAAGUCCCAGAAGUUCGAGCGUGAUGCCGCCAAAGCAGCCAAGGAACGGGCGAAGCAAAAUCUGCUUGACCAGUACAACCAGCUGAAGCAAUACGCAACAUCGCUCGACACCGAUGCCACUCCAGUCAAGAUCCGUCUCGAGCAAGCUCGCGAGGCGGCGGAAGCCAUUGACGAGACAAAGUUCGAGAAGUUGGCCCACGGGAUCUUCUUGACCCUCGAGGAGCGAUACAACAAGAUCGCCGCCGCUCGCACAAAUGUGCCUGUCUUUCGCGCGCCAGUUCAAUCGUCCAAACCCACGUCUUCACAAGAGUUGUGUCAAUCUUUGGACAGCCAAAGUAUAUCGCAGUCAUCCAUAUAG